GAGAGAGAGAGAGAGAGAGAGACUGUUACAAAUGGGGAUUUGCAGCAGAGGGGAGAGAGAGAAAGAAAGGGGGCAGUGGCACUCAGUGACAGAGUCCUAUACACAAUCAAAUGCACACACAAACACACACACACACACUCUGUUUCCUCUGUGUCUCUUUCCAAACGUGUCAGUCAACCAGUCAGUUGAUUAUUUUUGUGUGUGUGCGUGUGGUGGGGGAAUGUUAAAAAGAGCUCCAAACCAUCCUUCAUCUCUAUGACCGACGGACAAAAGAAACAGAGAAAAGUACAAGGGGACGUAAAGUUUCUCACAGAGGAGACUCGCCCAGCAGUCCACUUCCUGACACCAACACUGCUGCUGUCUAUGAGCUGCACUGAGGCAGAGGAGUGGACUUUCCAGCAAUCCUGACACACAGAACAACCUCUGUCGAAGCUCCGGGCUGCAGCAGCAGCAGACACCAUGUCCUCUCCCUCCCUCCCCAUGCCCCCUCUCCCCCCCAGCCCUCUGGCUAUGGAGUACCUAAACGACUUUGACCUCCUCAAGUUUGAGGUAAAAUCUGACACUCCUCCGCUCGCUCCACCAUGUGUGUAUCCCAAAUCUGGCCUUCCCCAAGACCCCUCCAGUUCUCCGUACACAAGCCACCCUCCCCAGGACUCCAGUUUGAGCUCCAGCCCUUACAACUCGCUGCCACCCUCGCCGACGCUCAGCGACGCCCACCCGCCGCCUUCGGGCUCUUCCUCCCUCUCUUCGUCAUCCUCUUCCAUCUCCUUCCCCCUCUCCAUCUCCAACAGCUUCACCUCCGGCAUCAGCUCCGGCUCUCAGGGGAACGUGGAAGGAAGCCCAGCCCACGGCGGGCCUCAGGGUCCCACCCCGGCCUCGCUGGAGGACCUCAUCUGGCUGGCGGCGCUGCAGCAACAGUUUGGAGGGGAGGUGACAGGGCCAGCCACUUUGCUGGGGGCCCUGGGAGGAGUGCCAGAGAGAGGGGACCGAGAGAAGGGGGCCGUCAAUGGCUUUUUGGGCUGUGAGGAUGCUGUGGAGGCUUUACUGAACUCAGCUGCUGCAGCUGUCAGCUCACAGUUUCCAGGCCUUUCUCAGAGUUCGAGCAGCAACCUGGGGGACUCCAGCAGCGACAGCGGCGCUGACAUCUCCUGCCCCAAAGGGACAGACAUGUGCCAUCGCCCGCUUGUCUUCCUCUCAUCGGCCCCUUCCUCUCACCCCAACGCCGCUGCUUCCUCAGCUCCCUACCCACAACCCCUCAGUCCCCAGGGCCGCCUUCAUCACCACCAGCAUCACCAUCAUCAGCACCACCCCAUGCAUGGCAGCCAUCACCAUCAUCACCACCCACAGAUGAGUCAGUGCGGGGUGAACGACCGCUUCUCUGAUGAGCAGCUGGUGAGCCUGUCGGUGCGGGAGCUGAACCGACACCUGCGGGGAGUGAGUAAGGACGAGGUGGUGCGCUUGAAGCAGAAACGCCGCACGCUCAAGAACCGUGGCUAUGCCCAGUCCUGCCGCUACAAGCGCCUACAGCAUCGCCACGCUCUGGAGUCAGAGAAACAUGUGCUCACACAACAGUUGGAUCAGCUACAGUGUGAGCUGACUCGAGUGCUGAGGGAGAGAGACGCCUACAAGGCUCGCUACGAGAAGCUGCUCAGCACGAACCACGGCAUCUGCGGAGACGCCCCACCGACCCGCACCGGCAACCCACCUUCCCCGCCCCCUGACUACUUCCUCUGAGUUUAGCCCACGAGGAGAGGAAGAAAGAAAAAAGAGGAAUGAGAAACCAGCCAAUGUGGAGCAAUCAAUCAAUGAUGAGUAAUCAGACUUGGGGAAGAAAACAACAAUGUGUGUGUGUGUGUGUGUGUGUGUGUGUGUGUGUGUGUGUGUGUGUGUGUGUGUGUGUGUGUGUGUGUGUGUGUGUGUGAGAGAGAGAGAGAGACAUUGGCAGGCAGUUCUGGGGCGAUACAACUGUGAAAUCCACUCUUGGGUGAUUAAAAGGGGAAUUGACUGUGAAUUCAUAUGGAUGAGACUCUCAGCUCUAGGCUGCCGUGUGGACUGCUCUUACUUCCCUGUGAAUGAUAGCUGCACAAAAACUGACUGAGAGUGCAC